AUGCCGCGCGAGGUGCUUACGCUGCAAGUAGGACAGUGUGGGAAUCAGAUUGGUCUCGAGUUUUGGAAGCAGCUAUGUUUGGAGCACGCCAUAGGGCCGGAUGGGCGGCUAGAACCUUACGCAGCCCCGAACGUGGACCGCAAGGACGCCUUCUUUUAUGAAGCGGACGAUCGCAGGCACGUUCCACGAGCACUGCUUAUUGACCUGGAGCCUCGCGUGAUUCAAUCGAUUAAGAACUCCGCCUACGGGUCACUGUUCAACCCUGAAAACUAUUUUCUUGACAUUCGGGAUCGAGGUGGCGCGGGCAACAACUGGGCGAGCGGCUAUACCCAGGGACAGAUGCUCGACGAGCUCCUCUUCGAUAUGAUCGACCGUGAGGCGGAGAACGCCGAGUGCUUAGCAGGCUUUCAAAUUUGCCACUCGGUUGCUGGCGGGACCGGAAGCGGUCUCGGCUCCUACGUUAUGGAACAGCUUCACGAUCGCUACCCGAAGCAGGUCGUGCAGACCUAUUCUAUCCUUCCGAACCAGUCGUACGCAGUGGCCUCGGGCGAACGCCAUGCAGACGCAAGGGAUUAUGCGAACAGCGGCAGCGCCGCCACGGGGCUAGCCAGCGGUGGCGGCAGCGGCGCUGAAGAAGACGAUGCGAACGCCAUGUUCAGCGAUGUUGUUGUGCAGCCGUACAACUCGCUACUGACCUUGCGACGACUCGUUGAAUUUGCGGAUAUGGUCACGGUGCUCGAUAAUGCAGCACUAAACCGCAUCGCGAGUGAGCGUUUGUACGUGGACAACCCUACCUUCGACCAGACGAACGCCCUCGUGUCGAUGGUCAUGGCAGCGUCGACCACGACGAUGCGAUUCCCAGCGUACAGCCACCAAGAUCUGCGGGAGCUGAUGUCUACAUUGGUGCCGCUCCCGCCUUGUCACUUUCUGGUGGCAAGUUGUACACCGCUCACGAUUUACACAGGCGCUGGCGCCAACCAGAUGAACGCCAAACAUGUGGACACUAACCAGAUCGCGUCCGGUGUCGACUGCCUGCCGCAAGUGCUCCCGGUCGCUGAAAGCCGUAUUCGAAAAACCUCUGUAUACGAUGUGAUGCGACGCCUAGUCCAGCCAAAAAGCUUGAUGGCGAGCUGCCCGCUUCGUCGUGGCUCCUACCUUUCCCUGCUGGGUGUUCUACAGGGUGAAAUCGAGGACCCCUCCGAAGUGCAGAGGAGCUUGCAGCGACUGAUGGAGCGUGAAAACCUCGGUUUCACACCACUUACAUCAGCAAACGUACAGGUGACGCUCGCUCGCAAGUCCCCCUACUUGAAAUGCACCCACCGCGUCCGCGGCCUUAUGCUCGCAAACCACACUGGCAUCUCGACGUUGUUGGGACGCACCAUCGCUGCCUACGACAAGCUUCGCAGACGCAACGCUUUUCUGGACAACUACUGCCGAGAACCGCCCUUUGCGUCGAACUUGGACGAGUUUGAUCUCGCGAGGGAAACCGCUCAACAGCUUUGCGACGUCUACGCUCAGUUGGAGAACCAAGUUGCAACGCCGCAGGUCAGCGACGAUACCCGGUUAUGA